AUGGACCACCCCUUUCAACUGGAUUACGAAAGAUGGGACGGGAACAUGUUAGCGACCAAGGAACAACAGGCUCAGUUCGCGAGAUAUCGCGCCGGGCACCAGGCCAUCCCCCCUGACCAAGAAUCCGAUACUCAUCCCCGGGUUCAGCCGUACAAGGCGGCGGUUACCAAGUUCAGGAAGACGGGCCACAAGGGCCCUACUACCAUUUUCGAUCCCACGGAUCCAAUUCCCAGAGGAAAGUCGGCCGUUCCAUCCACUCCCACCAGCGGAGAAGAUUUCGACGAGACUUCCAGUCUCAACGAUUUCUUUGGGCCUUUCGCGAUGCCGGAUGGUGCGUUCCACCAUCAAAGGAUCGCUGUGUCCGGCCGCCCUGAGGCGCUCUUCGAGUCCGCGUCGGCCUUCCGGGCCUGGCUCCGGCAGAACGGGGCAAGGACGUCGAACGGUGUGCAUCUCAGCACCACCCUCCUGAUCCAGGCCGGGCUGUCCCCGGAUCCCACCAAGGAUCAGAAGGCCAGGGACACCCCAGGCGUACGCAGGAUCCCUUUCCGGGAGUUUAUGCUUCAUUCAUGCUUUUCUCCACUUGAGACCCAUUCCAUCGUGAUUCCACUCUGGACUGUGUCAUCGUUAAUUCGACAUUCUCGUCCGGACGAUGGCUUCAACUACCCAUGCAUGAGCAAAAAAAAAAGAUCCACGCUAGCCAUCGGCUGCGCGAAGGAGCUGUACGCAUAA